UCCCACAGACGGCGGAAAUUAUUCGUCGUUUUAUCUGUUUUGCGCUUAAUAGAUAACCCUUAACAGGGGAGAAGAUGAUUCAGUGUGCCGCUGCUGUACAAUGUCCUCGUGCUUCCCACCAUUCAAUCCUCCGGUUCGUGCCUCCAAUAUCACCAUCGAACAACGUCUCUGCAACUUCUUCUCCCGCUUCAUCUUCUUCAGUAACAAGUAGAAGAGCAGCUCUAUCUCUCUCUCUUUUCUCCGCUACUUUCUCAGCACUGAUCUUCUCGCCCCCUGCUUCUUCUUCAUCUUCCAAGUCCGCCAUAUCCGAGUUCCGCGAGCUCCCAAAUUCUGGUGGCGUGAAGGUAUUGGACGUUCGCUUUGGUUCCGGAGAGCUUCCCCUGGAUGGCGACCAGGUUGCAAUUCAUUACUAUGGAAGGUUGGCAGCAAAGCAAGGAUGGCGCUUUGAUUCAACAUAUGAUCACAAAGAUGAAAAUGGUGAACCAAUUCCUUUUGUGUUUGUACUAGGCUCUGGGAAAGUGAUUUCAGGGAUAGAAGCAGCUGUGAGAUCAAUGAAAGUAGGUGGUAUACGAAGAGUCAUCAUCCCACAAUCCCAAGGAUAUCAGAGCACAUCCCAAGAACCCAUACCACCUAAUUUUUUUGACAGGCAGAGGCUAUUUACUACCAUUUUCAAUCCAACUCGUCUUGCCAAUGGAGAAGGCUCAACAUUAGGGACUCUCAUAUUUGAUAUCGAGUUUGUCAGUGCGAGGCAUCAAUGAAGUAGAAUACUUUUAUGAUUCUGAAAACCGCUCGUGCAUUUUACACAGCUCAAUCCAAUGUUUUUUUUGUUCAUGAUCGGAAACCAUGUUUAUGAUUCUGAAAACCGCUCGUGCAUUCCUAGUA